GGCGUCUUAGCACUACAUCCUUUAUCCUGAGAAGGACCUUUCUUUCCGGUUCAACUACCGCGCAUCUAAGCAAAGUCUUAGAAGCCGACCAGACAAUAUGCCGCGUUCCGAAGGGAUAACCGUGUUGGCCUGAAUUCCCAGGCUCCCAGGUACCCACUGCCCAAGACCCUGGCGGCCAAAAUCUGCUCAACCCCAGAUUCUGCACGCAUGCAUGCUUCCGCGCCUCGUUGCCGCACUAUCAUUCGGCAAAUCCGAUCAGUUUAUAGUAUCCGAUACGGAUUACUGCAUUAAUAUCCCUUUGGCGUAUAAAUUAUCCCCGCAUCUCCACCUCCUGCAUGGCUACCUUUGGAGGAUAGGAAGCUCGGGGCGCGCUGGAAGAUCAUCAUUUGUGUCUAGUUCCGGAUUCUUCCCGGGUCCUUCGUCUCUCUGAGUGAUAAGGUGAAGCCCAACAUGACAGCCGACAAGGGCGCUUUGCAGGGGAUGGCGGAUGAGAAGGCCGAGAUCACUGAGCGGAACAAGGCCACGGAUGUGGCUGAACACGGCCAAGCAGCAACCGACCAGUAUGGCCGCGUCCUCAUUGAAUUCGACCGCGCUGCGGAACGUCGGCUGCGACUAAAGAUUGAUCUUUAUAUUAUCCCGACCGUGGCAUUGCUCUAUCUUUUCUGUUUCAUUGACCGUGCUAAUAUCGGCAAUGCCAAACUCGCCGGGUUCGAGAAAGACCUGGGCCUGACGGGGUAUGAUUACAAUACCGUCUUAUCUAUCUUCUAUAUAUCAUACAUCAUCUUCGAGAUUCCGUGCAAUAUUGCGUGUAAGUGGUUGGGGCCAGGCUGGUUUAUUCCGGGGACCACUUUGGCUUUCGGAAUUUGCUCCCUUGGCACGGCCUUUGUUCAUAAUAUCCAGGCGGCAUCGGGGGUUCGGUUCCUACUGGGAGUGUUCGAGGCAGGAAUGUUACCAGGGAUCGCCUAUUAUAUGUCGCGCUGGUAUCGGCGCAGUGAGCUUGCCUUCCGCCUAGCCCUUUACAUCGUCAUGGCACCACUCGCCGGUGCAUUUGGUGGCCUAUUGGCGUCCGCAAUACUGAGUCUAGACCACUUCGGCAGCCUGCGUACCUGGCGCAUGAUCUUCGCGAUUGAAGGGAUCAUUACGAUCGGCUUGGGCCUAGUAGCCUUCCUUACGCUAACUGAUCGGCCUGAGACGGCGCGCUGGUUGACCCCGGAAGAGAAGGACCUUGCCAUCGCCCGAUUGAAGGCAGAGCGCGUCUCGACCACGGAGGUGUUGGACAAGAUGGAUCGCACCAAAAUGCUGCGGGGCAUCUUCAAUCCCGUAACACUAUCGACGUCGUUUAUCUUUUUGCUCAAUAACAUUACCGUACAGGGGCUGGCAUUCUUUGCCCCGACUAUUGUCCGGACCAUCUACCCGGACGCCAGCGUCGUGUCACAGCAAUUGCACACUGUGCCUCCCUAUGUCGUCGGGGCAUUCUUCACCGUUUUGUUCCCCUUCCUCAGUUGGCGUUGGGACAACCGCAUGUUAUUCUUCGUCAUUACACCGCCACUCAUGGUCACGGGUUAUAUCAUGUUUUUGGCGAGCACCUCAGCUAUGGUGCGUUAUGGUGCCACCUUCCUCAUCGCCUGCGGGGCGUUCGCGUUCGGUGCCCUGUGCAACGCUCAUGUCUCGAAUAAUGUGGUGUCGGAUACGGCGCGGUCAUCGGCGAUUGGGACGAACGUCAUGUUUGGUAACCUGGGCGGGUUGAUCUCGACGUGGUCAUUUUUACCGUUUGAUGCGCCGAAUUAUCAUAUCGGGAACGGUCUCAACCUGGCAACGGGAUCGUUGAUCAUAAUACUCGGGGUUAGCCUUUGGCUGUGGAUGAAGUGGGACAAUAAAAGGCGGGAGAAGGUAGACAUUGACCAAGCACUGCGCGGCAUGACACAGAGACAGAUUCAGAAUCUAGACUGGCGCAAUCCGGCCUUUCGCUGGCGCGCGUAGCGCUACGGGUAAAGGGGGGGGGAGAAGGUUGGCCUUUUGCUAUUUUGCCAGUGUCCAAUAUGCAAGACGGAUACCAUUUAUGUAUGGGGUGCAUGCAUACAAAAACAAGGUCGAGUCAGGCGAGAGAUGCAUGGCGUGUACUUUUGUUUACUAGUCAUACCGCUGUAGCUGAAACCUAACAAAGA